AUGGCACUUCCGUCUUCCGGCAUUUACUUCUUUCCCGAAGACGAUCUUCCCCCACCUAACGACCCCUGCUAUAACUAUUUAAGUCCAGGCCAACCUCCGUUUGUGGGUGCUAUUAAUGUGAGAAAUUUAGAGGCGGCACCCGUUUUAAAUGGCCGUCAACCACCUGCCAAUUAUCCACCACCGCCAGUGCGGCAGCAAGUCUUCCUCCCGCUUGUGCAGGUCUCGUACCAAUGUCAAAUCUACACGACAACCGCCCGCACAACGUUAACACAGACCUUCCACCACCCCGGGAACCGACAGAUCUCCAAAGCAACCUACACAUUCCCGCUAUACGCGAAUUGUUCCGUCGUUUCUUUCGUUUGCGGAAUCGGUGAAAGUAAAAUUAUCACUGGCAUCGUCAAGCCGAAGGAAGUUGCGAAGCAGAUGUAUGAGAGCGCAGCUAGCAGCGGGCAGACGGCAGGGCUGUUGGAGUAUAAUACUCCAGAUGUUUUCACGACCAGCAUUGGGAAUAUACCCGCUGGCGUGAAGGUUAAAGUUGAGAUUGGGUAUAUUUUAGAGCUGCCGCAUGAUGCGGAGGUCGAUGGUAUUAGGUUUACGGUUCCGAUGUCGAUUGCGCCAAGGUACGGACCGCCACCGCCAGGUGCGUUUGGCCAGAACUGUCCCGAGGUUUCGGUGGACAAGUGUCUUCGAAUGGAGAUUGAGGUUGCAAUGGGCGAAGCGAUAAAGUCUGUUCAGAGCCCUUCGCAUCUAACCGCUGUCCAGCUUGGGAAACUCGGAAAGGAGAAAGAAAUAGUGAAUGAUCGAGAGCACGAUCCCAAGAAGGCCCUGGUCACGCUAUCUCAGACGCCUGCUGAGCUUUUGGAAGAUUUCGUGCUGUUGAUCACUACUAUUACUCCGCACUUCAUAUCUACUCCCCAGGCACUACUAGAAACCCAUCCAACUAUCUCUGGCCACCAAGCUUUAAAAGUAACGCUUGUGCCGCGUUUCGAGUUACCGAGGACAGAGACACCGGAAAAGACUGAAAUAAUCUUUCUAGUUGAUCGAUCCGGCUCUAUGAGAGAUACUAUCGGGCAUGUAAAGUCGGCCCUCCGCAUAUUCCUCAAGUCUCUUCCUUUAGGCUGCUUUUUCAACAUUAUAUCCUUCGGUAGUCAAUACACCUUUCUCUGGGAGCGCUCUAGAGCUUAUACCGAAGGAACCUUGAGAAUCGCAUCCGACCAUAUCGAGACCUUUCAUGCGAAUUAUGGUGGAACAGAACUAUUACCUCCCUUGGUGCAAGCAUGUUCCCGGAGGCACUCGGAACCAGGAACCCGUACCGAAAUUAUGGUUCUCACAGAUGGGGCUAUCUGGAGGUUACCGGAGCUACUCGAAUAUAUCCAGCAAAUGCGCAAGCAAAGUGGUGGGGCCGUUCGGCUUUUCAGCAUAGGCGUGGGAGAAAGGGUAUCGCAUGCACUCGUACAGGUAAUUGCAACAGCUGGGGGAGGAUAUUCUCAGAUUGUGUCCAGCGGUGAUACAAGCGGUGGCAGAUUGGAAAAUGGCCUAGAGGCGAAAGUGGUGAGGAUGCUUAACAGCGCUUUGACGGAUCAUGUUGAGGAGUAUAAGUUACACGUUUUGCACGAGGAAGGGGACGAAGAGGAUUCGCAAAAUGAGGAUGAGGAAGAGGGAGUCUGUCCGAGAGAGCAGGUGACACCCGCCCAUACAGCUCUGGUGCAGGUCAGGCCCCCGCAGGGGCAAUCGAGGAGGAUAAACCUAUUUGACCCUACGGCCGCACCGCGCCGACGUUCUCCCACACCACCACCUUCUACAGAUGUGAACCUAGCUUCAACUUUGCGCGAUGGCGGGGGCAGUGGAAACAGAUUCACCCACUUGAAGAAAUUGCAAGGCCCGGAGGUUCUCCAAGCUCCUUUCGAAAUCCCUCCCCUUUUCCCAUAUGAAAGAUCCGUAGUAUACCUCCUCAUCCCCCCUACCACCAGGCAAUUGAAGUAUGCAAAGUCCGUGACUUUGAGCGCGACCACAAUUGCGGGUGAUAAACUCUCACUUUCAAUUCCGAUCACUCGCAUCGAGCAGCCGGGGAAGACUGUGCACCAACUCGCUGCCAGGAUGCUAUUACGUGAUCUGGAGGAGGGGAGAAGUUGGCUUCAUUCUGAAAAGUACUGCGUUACAGCAGGAGAUGCAACCGGAGUUCAGGAGUACAUCCAGAGAGAAGGCGAAGAGGUUGGUAUGAGGUGGUCACUAGUGAGUAAAUGGACUAGCUUUGUGGGUAUCGAAGAGGAGGUUCUAAACGUGGCACCUAUCCCGACCCCGGCAUCACUCGAGAGAGGGCCCUCGGAAUUGUCGGAGGGCAGAUCUUCGGCUUCCGGUUCCAGUAGAUCACCUGAAACCAGUGCGGAUCUUGACACAUCCACACCCUGUAGACCCGAUCGCAUACCCCCGUCAAGGCCAGAUUCUACACAUUCGCUCCCAACUGCGAUAGGUUCUAAGGCUCUGUGGGGUGUUGUGGCAGGGGCUCAGGAGGCGAAUAAUGGUGUUGACACUAUGAAUUGCCUUCUGGAGCCGAGGGAUACGCCCGAUCCAACACACCCCGUGUGGAACCGCCCCAUUCUGCAUUCCGAUUGGAGUCCGCCGCACGACAGACCAACCCUACAGCCUACCCUAGACUCUCCAAGGAGGAGCAGCGGCACUGGCUAUCAUGGGACAGUUCCAACAUCGUACGGAGGAGCAACCACUAUUCAUAACAGUUACAAUACGCCCCUAACGAUUACGAGAUCCUGUCAUGCAAUUACCCCACCGCCUCCCCCCCCACUCCCUAGGCCACGUUCCCCAUCCAGCCUCCUCUCCUCCAAUCAAAGCGCCGCUGUUACAGGUGCUUCCGCUCCUAAAUUGGCAGAGUCCUCACAACCUAUCACCCCACCCACUAGACAUGGCUCCUCAGCCAUCCCUAACCUCAACGGUUUUGAGUUCGGCGCGUUCACGUCCAAAAAUAUGGUGGCGUCAUCUGCCGGUCCUCUAACCAAUAUCCACAGGCUUAUAGCUGCCCAGAAAUUCGACGGAAGCUUCCAUGUUGCGGAUGAAUACGUUGUUGAGCUCCUAGGUUCCCGGAUGAGUCCAAUCCCCGAGCAGUGUGGCGGGGACAAAGUCGCUUGGGUGGCAUUGCUCAUUGCGGUAUUCUUGGAGAGGAAGUAUUCCCACCUUAGAGACGUGUGGGAGUUGGUCGUAAGGAAGAUUUGGGUGUUUUUGAGCGGUAGGGAGGGUGUAAAGGUGGAAGAGGUAAAAGUGGUGGCGGAAGAACUAGUUUCUAAGUGGGAGUAGGGUGGUUUUUUUCUUCUAGGCGACCCCUUCGAGCUCAUCUGAUAUGCUGGGUAGACGGUAGCUCGAUUAUGGGGCGAUUGUAUUUUUUUCCUUUUUUUUCUUCUUUUUGCUUCAAUAAAAUUUUGGUGAUUGUGCGUUGACAAAAUUAGCUGCGAUUCAACAAUCUAUGGCAACCCA